AUGGCCGUCCGCAGAAUCUCUCAUUUAGCUCUCAUCUACAUUCUUUCGUUGCAGAUUAUCUUCUUGACCACAACUUUCUGUUCGCAACCCAACCCGGUUUUGCAGUCAUUGAUAUUGCUUGCUAUUCGAACCUGGUGUACAGCUGCUAUCAUGGGCCAGCUUCGGGAUCCACGAAGCUUUGUGCAUGUGCCGGAGCAUCACGCAGCAGAACAACACAAUCUUUAUGAGCAGAGUCUGGGAAUGGGCAAAGGGCGGUUUGGGAAUCCGUCCGCAGCGGCGUCAUCAUCUCCCCCAGCUGAACCUCAGAACUACGAAUCAUGCAGGGCACACGACUGGGUUACCAACGGGUACCAUUUGAACACGGCCGCCUCGCCAUUUUCUCGAUUUCCAGCGCCUGGGCCUCCAUAUCAACAACAACCACCGUCACGCAAGCCACUCAAUGUCGCUACCAACGGCCUCAAAACCACUUCAUAUCUGCCCCAUCAGGCACAACGACCUACUCUGCCCGUCGGUGAUGACAUCGUAUCAGGUCCCUCGUUUCCCCUAUUUUCUCGCCUCCCUCGCCACAUACGCACUCGGAUCUUCACGCUCGCCUGCCCGCCUCCAAGGACGCGCUUCAUCGAACUGUAUGACUAUGAUUCUGAUACCAAUACUACGAAGGUUAGGUAUUAUCCCAGACUGCCGGGCUUGUUUCAUGCGUGUAGGGAGGCGAGGCGCGUGUGCUUGGGGGUGUGGGGAGGGGAGGUGGUGAGGUUCCUGCCUGCUGAUGGGGAAUCCGACUGGGAGGAUUGGGGUUACGAGAUGGGCAUGGGGGACGAGCCUAUAGAGGAGAGGGCGAACGGGGAGGUGGCGGAGGAAGCCGAUGAGGACACGAAGAGGCUUGUUGAGCAAGACGAAGAGAGAUAUGGGGAGGGCGGUAACAGUGGAAGAGAAGCGGAAGAAAAGUAUGAAGAAGCAGAAACGCGCUGGUAUCCAGGCUUCUACGCCAAUCUCGCCCUCGACAUCAUCUGGCUAUCCAGCCGUUUCGGCCCACGCCUAAAUCACGCCUACCCACUCCUCAUACGCCCUCGCCCCCUCCGCAUCGCCCCGUCUCCGUCAUCCUCGUUAUCGGCAUCAUCCAGCAACAACCGUCAAAACCACGCCGGUAUCACUUACCCCACUCCCAUCCCCCAAACCGACCACACCUACUCCCCCACAAGCGAAACCCACCGCCUCAACACUCUAAACACCCUCAUCCCCAUCCACAUCCUCGGCCGCAUCACGCGCCUCGCCGUCUCCGUCUCCGCCCUCGACACCUUCAGGCAGCAUUCCACGUUCGCGCACGGCUUCCGCUGGCUCCACGCCUGCCACACCAUUUAUCUGCUCGUCCUCGACGACGGCUUCUCGAACCGCGCGGUCCGGCGCGCUCUCGCGGCAGGAAAACCGCCUGUCGGGGCUGUGGCGAGGCGCGUGAGUGGGUUGUUGAGGACGCAGGAGCGCUUUUGGCGCGAGUGGGAGUGGAAAAGGGAUAGGGAGUUGCAGGCCGAGGUUGUGGAGAUGGGGAAUGAGCAGUGGGGGCAGGAGUGGGCCGAGUGGGUAUGCGAGAGGGAGGAGAGGGAGAGGGUGAGGAGAGACAGGAGGGUGGUGGAGGUGGGUGAACUGCGGUUGGACUAUUAG